AUGACAGAGUUUCAUGCUAUUUCUUCCCAAUUUGAUCAGGGAUUUCCUGUCAUGGCACCUGCCAUCCUGGACCUGUCAGCGUACUGGUGGUUAUUAUGUGCGAGAGAGGACGGAGAAGGUGGCGAACUUCGGCGGGUGACCUUGGACUAUGAGGGCAGUCCCACGGUGCGACCACUGGGGCGAGCGUGGUUACUGACCUGGCUUCUUAUCUCCUUUUUUGCUCUAGAUUUGUUGCCAUCCAAGGAUGGUAAAGAUUUAACUAAAUGUUUUCUGCUGCAAGUGGUAAAUAUUCUUCUGCAUUACAUCAAAAAAAUGUUUGAUGUUAAGAGUAAAAUACUAGACUUUCAUCAUCCUCACCAACUUCUUGAAGGUUUGGAUGGGUUUAACCUAGAGCUGUCUGACCACCCUGAAUCUUUGGAGCAGUUACUUGUUGACUGCACGGAUACCUUAAAAUAUGGUGUUAAAACGGGACAUCCUCGCUUUUUUAACCAGCUGUCCAGUGGGCUAGAUGUGGUCGGACUUGCCGGGGCAUGGUUGACAGCCACUGCCAAUACCAACACGUUUACAUAUGAAAUAGCUCCGGUAUUUACUAUCAUGGAGAUGAUUCUUCUUAAGAAAAUGUAUGGAAUUAUCGGCUGGGGAGAAACAGAAGCAGAUGGAAUAUUUGCAUCUGGAGGAAGUAUCUCUAACCUCUAUGUUAUAUUAGUAGCUCGUUAUAAGCAAUAUCCAGAGAUAAAAAGACAAGGCAUGACCACACUUCUGUGUUGUGUGUUAUUUGUUUCUGAACAAGGUCAUUAUUCAGUAAAAAAAGCUGCAGCUAUUCUUGGCAUUGGAACUGACAACGUAAUUGAAGUAAAAUGUGAUGAAAGGGGAAAGAUGAUUCCAGCUGAGUUAGAGAAAAAUAUAUUACAAGCUAAUAAAAAGGGCCACAUUCCCUUUUGUGUCACCACCUCCGCUGGCAGCACAGUGUUCAGGGCCUUUGACCCUCUCCACGACAUUGCGUAUAUUUGCGAGGCACACAGACUCUGGAUGCACGUGGAUGCAGCUUGGGGGGGGGGGGGUGGAUUGCUGUUGUCCAGAAACCACUCCCAUAAACUCAGUGGCAUUGAAAGGGCCAACUCUGUGACCUGGAAUCCGCAUAAACUCAUGGGCAUCCCCCUUCAGCGCUCUGCUAUCCUGAUCUGGGAAAAAGGUCUUCUGGAAGCAUGCAACGAGAUGCACGCUGCUUAUCUUUUCCAGCCAGAUAAACUCUACAAUGUUGACUUUGACACUGGGGAUAAAACUAUUCAGCGUGGCCGACAUGUUGAUGUCUUUAAGCUAUGGUUGAUGUGGAAAGCAAAGGGAACCUGUGGCUUUGAGGCACAGAUCAGCCGACACAUGGAACUUGCAAAAUACUUCUGUAAGGUUUUAAAGAAAAAAGAUAACUUUAAGCUCGUGUUUGAUGCAGAGCCUGAGUUCACCAAUGUCUGCUUCUGGUAUUUCCCACCAAGACUUAAACACAUCCCAGAAGGUUUUGAAAGAGAUCAAGAACUCCAAAAGGUAAAUGCAUUGCUCCAAAGAUGGUUGAUAGAGAAAGGCACAGCCAUGAUAAGCUACCAGCCAUGUGGAGACAAAGUAAAUUUUUUUCGAAUGGUCUUUUCCAACCCUGCCACCAGACGAGCAGAUGUUGACUAUCUUACUGAUGCCAUUGAAAGGCUUGGAAAGGAUUUAUGA